GCGAAUAGAGAAACGAGCUGCUGGAGAGGUAAACAGAUUCCGCUGUCAUUCAUUCAAACAACGCGAGCUGAUAUGAUGGAUAUUCUUAGCUCCUCUGUGUGGAAAAUGUUUUGACAGGAUACAUCACCGCUAGUCAUACUCUGUCUUUCGAGAAUGGUCGUUGUUUACGGUCUCAGUUUUUCACAUGCCAGUAAUCCGGUUAGAAGAGAUGUAUUUUUAUAGCUGUCCACGGCUGCUAGACAACUAGCCUAGCUCGUUGCGCGGUAGGAGAGCGGCCGACCUUGACCAGAUGGAUAUCACGAGGCUCGCUGUGGACGCGGGCGCGUUUAUCAACCGAGCUGUUCAGUAUACGGAGGAAGCUCUGGGACAGGCUGAGAAGACAGAGUUGGACAGCCGGUUGGGGAGUCUCCUGGACAGAGCAGAGUCCACUAAGACCUGGACUGACAAAAUCAUCUCACAGACUGAGACUUUAUUGCAGCCUAACCCUGGAGCUCGUUUAGAGGACUUGUUGUAUAAGGGUCUGGAUUGGAGCGCCCCUGAGAGGCCAACCCCCCACGAGCUGCUGAGUGAAAACAUGAUGGACGCUGCUCUGGAACUGGGGAGACACACACCUUACGGUAGUACUCUGAUUAAGUGUGGGGAGUUGGAGAGGCAGAUCGGGUUGGCGAACAAGAAGCUGAUCCAGAGUACAGACAUCAACUUCCUGUCUCCUCUACGGAGGUUUACUGACCAGGAAUACACAGUCAUACAGAAUGAGCGCAGGCAGCUGGUGAAUAAGCGGUUAGAUCUGGACAUUGCGAAGGCCAGACUGAGAAAGGCACAGGAAGCAGACAGCGAGGCCCGGGGUCUAAAUGCUAACCCAUUAGGAGAGGAGUAUGUAGCUCAUGUCUCCUACAUGUUCAGCUUCCUACGAGUCAGAUGGCUGAAGAUGUGGGCCCAAGAAGUCUCUCAGGCAGAGAUGGAGCUGAGGAUCUCUCAGUGUGUGUUUGACCGACAGUCAGAGAUCACCAGACUACUGCUGGAGGGAAUCAACACUACACAUGCUGCCCAUUUGAGAAGCCUGUCUGACUUUGUAGAAGCCCAGGGUAGCUACUACGCUCAGUGUUACCAGCUCACACAGGACCUACACACCCAACUGGCCUGCGCUCCCCCUCUGAUCUGCUACAAUAACAACGGGCACUUAGAAACUAACCAACCCUCAACAGGUAACCUGCCCUUAGCAACCAUUCAGCCCCUAGCAACCAGUGACUCUGCAACAACCAACCAGGCAACUAGCCAACCCUUAACAACCACCCAGCCCUUAGCAACAUGUGAGUCUUUGACAACCAUCCAGGCAACUGGCCAACCCCUAUCAACCAACCAGACAGCCAAUGAGUCCUCAAAAACCAACAAGUCCUCGACAACCAAUAAGUCCUUGACAAACAACCAGACAAGCAGACAACUCUUAGCAACCACUGGAUCCUCUACAACCAACCAGGCUUUGUCAAUCAUCCAGACAAACAGCCAAGCCCUACAAACCAACCAGGCAACCAGCCAACCUCUACAAACCAACCAGGCAACCAGCCAACCCCUACAAACCAACCAGGCAAUCCACCAACCCCUACAAACCAACCAGGCAACCAGCCAACCUCUGCAAACCAACCAGGCAACCAACCAACUCCGGCAAACCAACCAGGCAACCAGCCAACCUCUAGAAACCAACCAGGCAACCAGCCAACCUCUACAAACCAACCAGGAAACCAGACAACCCCUACAAACCAACCAGGCAACAAACCAACCUCUAGGAACCAACCAGCCAACCUCUACAAACCAACCAGGUAACCAGACAACCCCUACAAACCAACCCGGCAACCAGCCAACCUCUAGGAACCAACCAGGCAACCAGCCAACCCCGACAAACCAACCAGGCAACCAGCCAACCCCUACAAACCAACCAGGCAACCAGCCAACCUCUAGGAACCAACCAGGCAACCAGCCAACCUCUACAAACCAACCAGGCAACCAGACAACCCCUACAAACCAACCCGGCAACCAGCCAACCUCUAGGAACCAACCAGGCAACCAGCCAAUCCCUACAAACCAUCCAGGCAACCAAUGAGUCCCCAACAACCAAUGUGUUCUCAACAACUAAUGAGUCCUCGACCACCAACCAGGUAACUAACCAGCCCUCGACAUCCAAUCAGGUAACCAACCAAUCUCUAGCAACCUACCGGACAAACAGCCAGCCCUUAGCAACCAAUGAGUCGUCAACAAACAACGAGAACUUGACAAACAACCAGGCAACCAGCCAGCCCUUGAAAACCAACCAGGCAACCAGACAACCCCUACAAACCAACCAGGCAACCAAUGAGUCCCCAACAACCAAUGUGUCCUCAUCAACCAACCAGGCAACAAACCAACCCUUGAAAACCAACCAGGAACUCAUCGAACCCUUAGCAACCAAUGAGUCAUCAACCACCAACCAACCCAUACAAACCAACCAGGCAACAGACAGCCCUUGACAAGCAACCAGGAAACUGGUGCACCUAUGUGGCUAUAUUGAAGCAACAUCUCAAGAUGUUAAAGGAUGUUAAAGCUUGGGCGCAAAUGGGUCUUCCAAAUGGACAAUGACCCCAAGCAUACGUCCAAGGUUAUAGCAAAAUGGCUUAAGGACAACAAAGUCAAGGUGUUGGAGUGGCCAUCACAAAGCCCUGACCUGAAUCCUAUAAAAUUUGUGGGCAGAACUGAAAAAGCAUGUGCGAACAAGGAGCCCUACAAACCUGACUCAGUUACACCAGCUCUGUCAGGAAGAAUGGGCCAAAAUUCACCCAACUUAUUGUGGGAAGCUUGUGGAAGGCUACCCGAAAUGUUUUGACCCAAGUUAAACACUUUAAAGGCAAUGCUACCAAAUAUGAAUGUAAACUUCUGACCCACUGGAAAUCAUUUUUAAAAGCUGAAACAAAUCAGCUACUAUUAUUUCACAUUCUUAAAAUAAAGUGGUGAUCCUAACUGACCUAAGACAGGGAUUUUUUACUAGGAUUAAAUAUCAGGAAUGGUGAAAAACUGAGUUUAAAAGUAUUUGGCUGUGUAUGUAAACUAAAUGUGUAUGUAAACUUCCGACUUCAACUGUAUCUAUUGGAGCAUCUAUGUACUCUUUAAGUGAGUUAUGUAUCCAGGCCUAAAUGUAUGUAUAUGGUGGUGAUCUAUGUGGAGGUUAUCUAGAUGUAUAUGCAUGUAGGUUACUGUAUAUGGUGGUGAUCUAUGUGGAGGUUAUCUAGAUGUGUAUGCAUGUAGGUUACUGUAUAUGGUGGUGAUCUAUGUGGAGGUUAUCUCGAUGUAUAUGCAUGUAGGUUACUGUAUAUGGUGGUGAUCUAUGUGGAGGUUAUCUAGAUGUGUAUGCAUGUAGGUUACUGUAUAUGGUGGUAUAGAUCAAUAUGGUUGGUAUAUGUCUAUUUGGAGACUUAGAAAUGGAGUAACACUUACAGCUGUGUUUACAUUAUGUAUUGUGUCAUCUGAAAACACUUCGUGUGAUCAAGAGAGGUGACAUUUUGUUGCAUAUGGAAUACAUGUGUGUGUGUGACCCUUCACCUCUAUAGGGUGAGGUCAUUUUCCAUACGGCAACAUGUCAUGCUUAUUCCAUAGUAUUAAACGUACACACACACUUACAGCCUUGAAUAUAGUCCCACCAGGCUAAACCGUGUAAAUGUUUCCGUCUACAGAUGUUUUCAAUUGACCCUGCCUGAGAGGGCAGCUAUACACACACACACACACACAAGCGCGCGCACGACAGCUCCGCCUCGAUCUGCUGGUGCUGAGGUCUACGUGGUUACUCUGGGUUACUGGGACACAGAACACACACACAUUAACUAUUGAGGUUUGAUUUCCAUGUGUCUGAACCUGUCAGGGUUGUUUCAGUGACAUUAUGUUUUAUUAUUAACUCUGACCAUAUUAGAUCAUCUGGAAUUAUUUAGAAUCAUAUUAAACUGAUAAUGAGGC